UCCUAACUGUUUUGUAAAAUAGAUUGAGAUUGAAUUAAUUUUUUUACCAAUUGCAAAUAGUACUUGAUAUUAUUGUUUAUGGAUUUGUGUCUUUUUAUUAUCGAUUAGCAAAUUUAUGAUUGAAAAGUACUGGUGACUUUCGUAGAAUUGUUUUGAAAUAUUUUGACAGUUGCUAUUUGACAGUGCAGGGUGCAGGUGCCAUAAUUUCCGCCGUAGAGUCAAACGCACGCGGAUCGUAAUCACGGGCAGUGGAAUUAUCAUUGUAGAAACAGUUAUUUUAAUUUUAGUGUUUAAAUAAAAGUAAAUAGUGCAUUAACAAUGUCCAACAACACGGCUCCAGACUCAUGGGAAUCUCAAGCAGAUUCUACUUCAGCAAAUAAUUCACCAACACGGCCUCCAGACGUGACAGCUGCAUUUUCCACGUUGAAUGUUGAUGCUGAAGAAUUUGUGCCUUCUUUCGCAAAGUCGAUUGUAAUUAAAGAAAAUAUAUCGUCUGUUAAGUCCGAGAAUGCCGAAGAAUCGCCCGUUGCUGAUCCUGUUCUAAAUGGCAUGAACUCAGAGCCUCCAACAGAAAAAGAAGAGGUUAAAGAACCUCCUCCUCUGCCUCCUGCUGACCGAGGGGAUGUUUCUCCAAGUGAUGGCGGAACUGAAGGAGGUACUUGGGAGGAUGAGGCAGAAGAUGUAGAUGAAGCAUCAACUCCUGAUAGGGAUGAAGAGGAACCUUCUUCGGAGGAAACGCCGAAGCUAUCAAAGAAGAAGCCAAAAAAACCUGAUGAAGAGUCUCAGAUUAAGAAAGAACACGUGAACGUUGUGUUCAUUGGACACGUUGAUGCUGGUAAAUCAACUAUUGGAGGACAGAUUAUGGCUCUUACAGGAAUGGUUGAUAAGAGAACUCUAGAAAAAUAUGAACGGGAAGCUCGAGAAAGGAGUAGAGAAACGUGGUAUUUGUCGUGGGCUUUAGAUACUAAUCAAGAAGAAAGAGAAAAAGGAAAAACGGUGGAAGUAGGUCGAGCGUAUUUUGAGACUGAAAGAAAACAUUUCACGAUCCUGGAUGCUCCUGGUCAUAAAAGUUUCGUUCCUAACAUGAUAGGUGGUGCUGCGCAGGCUGACCUUGCUGUUCUGGUUAUUUCUGCUAGAAAAGGUGAAUUCGAAACGGGCUUCGAUAGGGGUGGUCAGACGCGAGAACAUGCCAUGUUGGCUAAAACGGCUGGAGUUAAGCACCUUACCGGAUUUGAUUGCAGCGUCAUUCGAUAUUAUUCAUGGGGAUGUGCACAUAGAAAAUCGUUUACUUUUUUCAGAGGUCUUCCUUUCAUUCCAUUUAUCGAUCAAUUGCCCAUGUUAAAUCGCAAGAGCGAUGGUCCCUUCAUAAUGCCAAUAGUUGACAAAUAUAAAGACAUGGGUACCGUCGUAAUGGGUAAGGUUGAAUCGGGAGAAUGUCGAAAGGGCCUUAGUCUACUGGUCAUGCCCAACAGAACACCAGUAACCGUCGAUCAAUUGUGGUCAGACGAUGAAGAGGUAAGUCGAAUCGUACCGGGAGAAAACGUGAAAGUAAAAGUGAAAGGGAUCGAAGAGGAGGAUGUGAGUCCUGGAUUCGUUUUAUGUGACGCGGUCAACCCGAUACGUACGGGACGCAUAUUUGACGCGCAAGUUGUCAUUCUAGAACACAAAUCGAUUAUUUGCGCAGGUUAUAGCGCAGUCAUGCACAUACAUUGCGCCGCUGAAGAAGUCACGGUCAAAGCCUUAAUUUGUUUAGUUGAUAAGAAAACUGGUGACAAAAGCAAAUCUCGGCCGAGGUUUGUCAAACAAGACCAGGUGGCUAUUAUGAGGAUCGAGUGCGCAGGCGUUAUUUGUCUUGAAGAGUUUAAGAAGUUCCCUCAGAUGGGCCGGUUCACUCUGAGAGAUGAAAAUAAGACAAUUGCAAUUGGAAAGGUACUGAAAGUGGUCGAGUAAGUUUUUAAUUAAUAAAAACAAAUAAAA